AUGGACAGCCUUCUCGCCGGCUCCGUCGCCGGCAUCGUGGCUGACAUCGUGACUCACCCCAUCGGCACGAUCAAGACGCGCCUGCAGGUGCAGGGCGCGUCGGCGGGCAGCAGCUCGCUGGCGCAGUACGGCUCCAUCGGCGACGCGGCGUCGCGCAUCCUGCGCGCCGAGGGCGUCGGCGCGCUCUACCGCGGCGUCGGAAUUGUGGUGGCCACCGCCGCGCCGGCGCAGGGCCUCUUCUUCGUCGGCAACGACGCCGCGCGGAGCGCGCUCGCGGCGACGAGCUGCCCGUCCGGCGCGUCGAAUUUCCUCGCGGGCUUCUUCGCGCAGCUCUGCGGCAGCCUGCUCUGGGUGCCCAUGGACACGAUCAAGGAGCGCAUGCAGGUCGAGGGCCAGAUGGCCGCGGGGUCGCGGGAGGCCCUCGGGUCGUCGAGCGCCGCCGCCGUGUCCGCGGUCUUCCGGCGCGAGGGGCCGCGCGGUUUUUAUCCGGCGUAUUGGAUCCACCAGUGGACCUGGGCGCCCUUCAACGGCCUCUAUUUUGCGAUCUACGAGGCCGCCAAGGAGGCCGCCGACGCCCGGGGCCUGCCCGCGUGGCCCUGCGGCGUCGUCGCCGGCGUCGUCGCGGGCGCGGCGACGAACCCCGCGGAUUUGGUGAAAACGCGGCUCCAGGUCGCGCGCGCGGACCCGAAGACGUUCCAGUACGCCGGCGCCGUCGACUGCGCGGCGCAGAUCGUGAGGCGCGAGGGGCCCGCGGCGCUCUUCGACGGCGCGGUCGCGCGCUGCGCCACGGUGACGCCGCGGCUCACGAUCUGCGUGCUCGUCAAGGACGCGCUCAUGCCCCGCGCGGCCGCGCUCCUCGGCCGCCGGGACUAA